CAAGUUGAUUUUAUGGUGGCAGUGGUGGAGGAAGAGACUCAAUAAUGAAAGAAAGCCGUGGCAGGUCAAGAGGGCGAGGUGGAGGCUGUAGUGGUAGUGGACAAGAUAGAAUUGAUGCCCUUGGACGACUCUUGACCCGUAUUUUGAGACAUAUGGCUUCUCAACUGAACUUAAAUAUGAGGAGUGAUGGGUAUGUCAAGGUUCAAGAUCUAUUGAGGCUAAACCUGAAAACAUUUGCCAAUGUUUCAAUAAGCUCCCAUACGGUUGAUGAUAUUUAGGAGGCUGUCAGAAGGGAUAGUAAGCAACGGUUCAGCUUGCUUGAAGAGAAUGGCGAGCUUUUGAUUCGUGCAAACCAAGGUCAUAUAAUAACGGUAAUCAUUCUUAUAAUGUUACGACUACAUGCUUUAUGACUGGCUUCAUAAUAA